AUGAUCCCACCUGAAGUCGAACUCAUUGCCGCGGUGACGGUAACAUGCCUAAGAGAACCAUUACAUUGGGGAUCAGAAUUCCGUCGAUUGAAGGAGAUUCACGGAUGGGGUACCACCAACUAUAAGUGGCAAGCAUGUAUGUGGGAGCAUGGAUUGACAUUUCCUCCCAUGCGGGCGGAGCUUCGUUGGAAGAGGUCCUUGUUUGUGAUGGCUGUACUGGACAUCUCCAUCGAGUCUUUCCAUGAGGCUUUGACUAAGAAGGACAUCGAGUUCCAACAACGACACCCAGGAGCCAAACCUUUGGAUAUCCCUUCUAUGCAAUGGAUGUAUGCAAAUCAAACGAUAUAUGCGCGCGAAGAGGUAGAAGAGGCCACCAGCUUGGAGAGAGAUGAGGAUCUAGGAUUCAUUGACGAGGGUAAGAGUCCUCUUAAACUGCAGAAUCUCAGGCCUUUAUACUAUCUCACAAACUUUGAGCUUUAUGCUCUCCGCUAACAAUUCACAGAACUGGAUUACAAAGGCCAAACUACCAGGUUGACCCCCGUGAAUUUCACGGCCUCUCUUCGCGGGGUGAAAACCACUUUCUAUGUUCGUGAUGAAUACGAGUUAGAGGGCGUCAAGGUAUUGAGGGUAGAAUGUGCCAUCAACAAUUUAUCAUUGGGGACGGUUCAAGCUCGCCUCUUGCGUCGGGACCGAUUCCUCGACAGCUUUUGGGAUACAAUGGAUGCCUGCAGCCAAGACUGCGGAGAUCUUGCCUCCACCAUCUUCACCAAAAACGGACAUCUCAAGCCCAAAUGGGUUUCAUCGCAGUACAAGGGUACGGGCGUGUGGGACGUUGAGGAUUUCCUCUACCCAUUUUUGGUGAUCGAGAAUAUUCAAGUAAAUCCAAAUCACAGGAGAGCAGGUAUUGGAAGAUACAUGGUACAGGUCAUUCUUCAAGAAGCUGAGAAGAGAGGGGCAUGUUUCUCGUGUACCUGGCCCACCGAACUUGGAGAUUCUCCAGAGUCUUCAAGUUCUCUUCUUCAUUAUCAGAGACCAGAAGGAGAGAAAGGGGCAAUUUACAAUGGAAACGUGGCCAGGGCCAUCGGCUUUUGGAGAGCUAUGGGAUUUCGUCGUAUUGGAACUUCUCAUUGGUUUUGCCUUCACGAGUUUGAGGACCAUCCAUCGCGUCGACUUGCACCAGAAGAUGACUUUGGCCCAUGA